AAGAGGAGGAGCAGAGAAUCCUUUGAGCACAUUAAAAAAGCCAGGCUUAGCAGAAGCCAGAAGAAAACACAUCCAUAGAAGGAGCUUGAGAAGACAGCCCUGCAGUUUUUUUCCCUCGUCUUUUCUUCUUUCUCCACUUCCUGGUGAAUUGCUUCAAGUACUUUUUCCCCCUUCUCUCUCCUCACCACCUCUUCAAGCAACAAAGAGAGAAACUUUCUCCUGGUUGAGGCUUGCCAGGUGAGGAGGGUGUGAACCAGGGCUCUAUUCGGUUUCCUUUCAUCGCCCUCCCCCUAAAUUCUCCCAACCCCAGCCCCCAAUCCUUAGGAGCUCCGUGUGGACAUCGCAGCUGGCCUCAAACCAAACGCUCCCCCAACCCCCAUUUCCUCUCUGUUGGAAAAAAAGGGAGUGAGGUUGGGAGAAAGAGGCAACAGCGGCAGCAGCGGCGGCGACAGCAGCAGCAGCAGCAGCACCCUGGGAGGAGGCUGAGGCAGAAGCGCUCCCGGGCAGCACCCUCUAACAACGCCGCCGCCGCCCCCCUCAACCCCGCCCCCCUCCCCCCAAGACUCCCAGACAUGAACGCCACUGCGAGAAGUCUCCUGCUCUUCCUCUCCAUCCUGCUCCUCUGGAAGCUGGAUCGGUUCAGCGAAGCCUGUAGCUGCUCCCCAGUGCACCCGCAACAGGCGUUUUGCAAUGCAGAUGUAGUGAUCAGAGCCAAAGCUGUCAGCGGGAAAGAAGUAGAUUCUGGAAAUGAUAUUUAUGGAAAUCCCAUCAAAAGGAUUCAAUAUGAGAUCAAACAGAUAAAGAUGUUUAAAGGACCUGAUAAGGACAUCGAGUUUAUUUAUACUGCUCCAUCCUCUGCAGUAUGUGGAGUCUCAUUGGACACAGGAGGAAAAAAGGAUUAUCUUUUUGCAGGAAAGUCAGAAGGAAAUGGCAAAAUGCAUGUUACUCUAUGUGACUUCAUUGAGCCCUGGGAUAGCCUGAGUACCACUCAGAAGAAGAGUCUAAAUCAGCGCUACCAGAUGGGCUGUGAGUGCAAGAUUUCUCGAUGCCCCAUGAUCCCAUGUUAUGUAUCUUCACCAGAUGAGUGCCUGUGGAUGGACUGGGUCACAGAGAAGAUCAUUUAUGGGCAUCAGGCAAAGUAUUUUGCUUGUAUCAAGAGGAGUGAUGGCUCCUGUGCAUGGUACCGUGGGGCAGCACCACCCAAGCAGGAAUUUCUUGAUAUUGAGGACCCAUAAGUGGACUGGCAGAACCCUAACAGCCAAUAGAAAAGACUCCAAGAGUUUAGACAGGUCCAACUCUGACAUUACUUUCAAGAAACAGCAUGAAAAUAUAAUUAUCCAAUUGUGUCAAAAUUAGCUGUGAUUUUCAUUUUCCAUUUUUUUUUUCCCCAAACAAUUACUACAUCUCUAGGGAAAGGUAGAAGGAGGACACAGAGUUCCCAUCCUAUCUAGACUUGGGCUAAGUGCUGUAAUUUUCAGUUUGCAUUCCUCAGAAUAAUAACCACCAGGAAAUUCCCUGGAAAUCUCUAACCCACCAGCACCCCGAUUUUGGAAUGUUGCAUUUAGUAGAAAUCAGUGAGGUUCAUUGCAAGAUUCUGUGUAGCAGGUCUACCAGGUAUCUCUCAUCUUGAAUGGCAUGUCCCUCAUUUCAUUAAUUUUCUUUUCCUUCUUCUCAAAAUGUCAGUCCCUACCUUUCCCCAAAGCCCUUUCUAGUCUUACUCCUCACCCCCAUUUCCCUGCAGUCUGUGCCUUUCGCAGGUUUUCAAAAUCUCAUGUCUUAAUGUGUACCCAUAAAAUUCCAUUUAUACAACUAGCACUCAGAUUUCUUGUUUCUUCUGAAGGCAUCCAAAACUUAUCACUCAACAGAAUACCAGAUGGAGCCCCAAAGACCCUGGAAAUAUGCAGAGGCAGCAAAAUUUCCAGCUGAACACAGUUUUCAAAUAUAGUCUGUCUCCUACAGUGAGAAUCUUUUGGAUUCCACUCUGAGCAUCACAGACUUAGGACAGAAUCAAGGAAGCUCUGGUCCAUAUACUCAGCUUUGAAUCCUGAGAGUUCCAUGGCAUGCCUUUCAAAAAGGCAUCUGCAGUUGUGCAGAUGACAUGGAUAUCUAGCAUUAGUGUUAAAGUUCCUUGACUUUCUUUAGACUCCCAGAGAGAUUGACAGUUGCCAUUUUGCUCUCAGGUUUCUGCAAAAGCUAUUUGGCUAGCAACAUAGAACUAUUGAUUCUUAUAUAGAGAGGAAAGGGAUUUUGGAGGUAAGAAGGUUAAAUGAAGCUCUUAUUUCCUGGGCUCUUCUAGGACAUUAUGGCCUGCUUUAGAGGCAUCUCCUCUCGAGAUUUAAUUCAUCAAUCCAAAUGCCAGAUGUGCCACCAUCUGCUUAUAUUUUCUAUGUCAGAAAUAUAACAUAGUGAAGAAAAUCAGAUCUCCUCAAAGUACAAUACUACUUGCUUUUUCCUAAAGAUGACUCAUUGUCCCUAGUAAUUAGAAUUAAGAUAGGCAAAUAACUUUACUAAUAGCAAAAGGAAGUUAGUCCCAGAGAUAAAAAUAUCUCUGUUGUAAAAAUAACCUACUUUCAGAAGAUAUACACACCACAAAUUGUAAUUAAAUUAAAAUUAGAGUCUAUGAGUGAUCUUUCUUCUGUGAAACUACUUCACCAACUGUCAUCAGUUGAGCAUAUUCUGCAGUUACCCCAAAACAAUUAGUGAUCCUUAAAUGUCAUGGAGCCUCUUUUGUCUGGGAUCCAGUCAGCACAGGCCUUGAUAAUUUACCUUUCUAGGGCAAAAUUAUUAAGACAGCAUCCAGAAAUAAACCCCUGCAAACCUGUUUUGGGGGCAUUUUCAUGCUCUUUGUCAAUAGGUUUUAAAGAUGUCGUAUUGGACCAAUAGAAGUGAUUUUACUCUAGUCAAGCCAAUAUAAUAUUCUCCAUUUGUUUACUUUAUUGUUAAAUCAUGUGAAACAUGUGACAUUUACUUUUUUCUCUGAUUUCUCUUUUCCUUUUUUUUUUUCUUUUAAUGUUUUUAGUUGUUUUGGGCAUUGGUUAUAUUGUUACUGUGCUAUGUUUCCACCUCCUAACCAUCU